AUGGCUGUUGAAUUAAGACGUUGCGUUGUUUUCGAAUUCCAGAUGAGCACGCUAAAACGCGAUAAGCAAUCACAAGAAAUUUCCGCUACUUCAACCGGUAUCUUUCCUCCCCAGAAACCACCACGUGGUUACCCUAGAAGAGCACCGAUUCGAAUCGAACCCUUAAGAAAUGUCGAAAACGAUGAGUACCAUCAACAAAUGGUCAACUCUCCAGCCACUUCGGAAUGCAAGUUUUCAACUACAGAGAAAUACCAAAAGAUGAAGAACUACUUUCGACAGCAAGUAGAAAUGUUAAGCAGCUGCGGAUUUUCCGGUCAUGAGGCAGUUAACAUAUUGGACAGCUACCUUCAAGCAAAUCGCGAACAAUUUUCUGGUCAUAUUGUGAAGCGAGAGAAUGCUAUUAGGGUUUUAGAAAUGUGGUUACGUGAAAACGUCAUCAGCCCCGCGCAAACUACCUGCAAAAGUUCUUCGCCUAAUUUUCAGGACAGCAAGAAAGUUAUAUACAUUAUGAAUCGAGACGAAGACCACAAAUUAUACAUUUGCCCUUCUCCUAUGAAUGCUAACAGCAGUAGUGGUAGACGUCCAUCAAGAAGUAGCUCAUUCAAACGAUUUUUUUCUCCAAGCCGAAAUGGAACCUUAAACAGCCGCAAUGGUGUUACCCGAUCGCCAUCGUCAGUUAGUGAACAAUCAAGCAAAUCAUACAGCAUUGCUGAUUUUCUGCCGAUUCGGAAAAACUCGGAAGCUCGGCCAUUAGUCGAGGAAGCUCUCCUGCAUGACGCGGCCUUAUUUCGUCUUUUAACCAUCGUAGAAAUUCCUAUGCUUGAUGAUCUAACUACUGUGCGUGGGCAAGAAACGAAGAGUAUAUCGAUCUUAUCUUCGAUUCUCUCAAAAAUGGGUCUUGGAAAUGUUUCAACGGCUGCACUGCUGUUCAAGGAUGAGGAAGAAAUGGAUGAUCUUUUACAGAACACACAGACCAUUCGUCCUGUUUUGCCAUGGUUUCAACUAGCACGUAUUUGCGCACCGACUCUUCACAUCAAGUCUGGUGGUGGCUGUGGUAAAACAGAAGUGCACAACUGGGCCAAGCAGUCUCUACAAGCUGUAUCCGACCGCUACUCUUCGAUCACUCGCCGCGGCUCAUCUCCACUUAUACCAACGGAAUUCGCUACCGUGUUAGAUGCCAUUGUCCAUCAAUUGCUUGGUAGGAAGCGAAAGAAAACAAAACUAGCUUUGCAGUAUCUUUGCUUGAUGAUUCCGCAGCAGCUUCGUUCGCACCUUAUUAACGUGGUCCAUUUCCUUGGAAGGACAGUUGGAACAGAUGAGUGGAUGUCACUCAGGAGUCCUUUCUAUUUGGGAAGAAAGGGUGACAACGAGAAUUUCGAAGUCGUUCUCAAUGAGCUGCGUUCUUUUAUCUUUCCACAAACUGUUGCUAUAUCUGAUCAGAACAGUAUCGUUGAGGUGCUGAUUGAACUACAAAGAGAGGGCGUUUUGGGAAAAGAACCACCAGAACUGAUAGUUGAUUUAAAAUCAUUGAGUUCCAGGGAGAACGCGGACAAAGCGACAGUUCCUGUUCGAUUUUGCGAAAAUGAAUCCACGUCGAAGGGAUUCGAUCCAGAAGCAGAACUCGCUCGUGCGCUAACUGCUAUUAUUGAUGAUGCUCGUAUUCCUCUCGCUGAAAAGCAGAAAAAGGGAGUAAAGAAAGAAAGGAAGAAGGAUGGCAAAAGAGAAUUAGUUGUUCAGUUCCGCAUUGAUGGAGGUGUAAGAUCUUCCCAACUUUUGCCAUCACAGAAUGUUCAAGGAAAUGAGAGCGCAGAUGGUGAAUAA